CCGCCAAGACGACCGCCAAGCAUUGGGCAACUUUUUCCCAGCGGGCGGGUCUGGCACAAUCUUGUGCGGGACUGCUCAAGGUCGUCCAGACUUUUGCUUUUAUUUUCCUUGCACGCUUCCUGCAUUUUCUGCCCUUCCUUUUUUAGCGAGGAUACUUUUGAGAUCUCGAACCUUCAACUAUGAGUGCACAGCAAAAUCCCGCCCAGCGGGUCGCAAUUGGAAUUUCCUUUGGAAAUUCUUACAGUUCGAUUGCAUUUACGAGUGGGGAAGGCAGGGCGGAGGUUAUUGCCAACGAGGAUGGCGACCGUCAGAUUCCUUCGAUAUUAUCGUAUGUGUCAGGGGAGGAGCUGCAUGGUACUCAGGCGAAGGCCCAGUUGGUGCGCAACCCGAGGAAUACAGUUGCAUAUUUCAGAGACUUUUUGGGGCAGGAAUUCAAGUCGAUAGACCCUUCGCCAUGCCACCAGUCGGCGCACCCCGUACCGCAAGAGUCGACCGUCGCUUUCAAUAUCCGUGACACUCCGGAGGAGAAGGAGAAUACCGUCACCAUCUCAGAGAUCACCACACGCCACCUCAAGAGGUUACGGAACUCGGCAUCCGAUUACCUGGGGAAGAGCGUCAACUCGGCCGUUAUCACCGUCCCCACCAACUUUUCAGACGCACAGAAGGAGGCGUUGAACAAGGCUGCCAAAGAAGCUGGUAUCGAGGUGCUCCAGUUCAUCAACGAGCCCGUUGCUGCCGUGCUCGCAUACGAUGCCCGUCCCGACGCAAAGCUCGCCGACAAGAUCGUUGUGGUCGCUGAUCUUGGUGGUACCCGCUCUGACAUCGCCGUCAUCGCAUCCCGCGGUGGCAUCUACACCCUCCUCGCUACACACCACGACUAUGAAGUCAGCGGUUUCCAACUCGACCAGGUGCUUAUUGACUACUUCGCCAAGGAAUUCAUGAAGAAGAACAAGUCCGCGGGCGACCCCAGGGAGAACGAGCGCGCCCUCGCCAAGCUCAAACUCGAAUCCGAAGCCGUCAAGAAGGCCCUUUCAAUAGGGACCAGCGCGGCCUUCUCCGUCGAGAGCUUGCUAAACGGCAUCGACUUCACCGCCACCAUCAACCGCUCCCGUUACGAAUUGCUCGCCAUCAAGCAGAUCGCAGCCUUCACGCGCCUGGUAGCCCACGCCGUCGAGAAGGCGCAGCUCGACCCUCUCGACGUCUCCGAGAUCAUCGUGGCCGGAGGGAACGCCCACACCCCGAAGGUCGCCUCCGCGCUCUCCGCCGCUUUCCCCGAAACCACCAAGGUCAUUGCCCCUUCUACAUCCCCCACUGCCAUCAACCCAAGCGAACUUGCCGUCCGCGGUGCCGCUAUCCAGGCAUCUCUGAUCCAGGAGUUUGAGCUCGAGGAUAUCGAGCAGAGCACUCACCCUAUGGUUACCGUUACCCCGCACCUUUCGCAUGCCGUCGGCGUGCUUUGCAUUUCUGGCGAAGAGAGCCAUGGUAUCUUCCACCCGAUUGUCGACGCCGAGACGCCGCUUCCUGUAAGGAGAAGCGCCAUCAUUGCCACGCCUAAGGAGGGUGGCGAUGUGCUUAUCAAGCUUGCGGAGGGCGCACGACAUAUCAAGGUAACGAAGCCGGAGCCGAAGCCCAAGGAGGAGAAGGAGAAGGAUGAGGACGACUCUGACGAGGACGAGGAUGAGAGCGAGGAGGAAAUCCGCGAGAAGACGUGGAAGGUUGGAAAGAUUCUCUCCGAGGCGGCGUUGCGUGGUCUCCAAAAGGGCGCCAAGGUUGAGGUGCAGGUUAAUAUUGGUGCGGAUCUCAGCGUGAAUGCGAUCUUUAGGGAGGUGGGAGGGAAGGGCGGUGUUAGGGGUAUAUUGCAGGGGCAGAAGGGAGUGAACGGGAGUGCAUGAGGAACAGGGUGGAAAGCGUGGUGGUGAUGGUGAGCUGGGAGUUUUUAUAGACGGUUGGGAAUAUGACUUCGCUUUUUGGAUCUAUGGCCAUACCAGCGAUGAUAAAAUGUGUGUAGAUAGGGCUCUGUUAGGGGGUUUAGAAGUGAAG